AUAUUUUUUUAAAAAUUUGUUGUGGUUUAACGUCUUCCUGUUCUAUUUCGUCUAACAAUGAAGACAAUCAAAACUUGUUUUUAUCAUAGUGAAAAAUAAGAAUUCUUAAUCUAUUUACACACCAUAAGUCUAUUUUCUUCGAUAAGAAAUGAAACAAAUAGACUUGAAGCUCAAAAACAAUGCUUCUCGGCCGCAAGUAAGAUAGUAAUUUCCUGCUGGAGUUUCUAUAUAAGCCUUCUUUUUACCACGAGGAUUCAUACUUGGUGUUCACCGUGCGUGUAGUACAACAGAACAAAAGAAUCCUAACCAUGAAAGUAGCUGUGAUUGGAGCGGGUCCAUCCGGUUUGGCGAGUGCCAGAUAUGCGAGAGCAAACGGUUUUGAUUGUACCGUUUUCGAGCAGACAGGAAGAGUCGGUGGUGUUUGGAAUUACAAUGAACGUGUGGGAGUGGAUGAGGAAGGUGUUCGUCUUCACAGUGUCAUGUACAAAGAUCUUGUAACUAAUCAGCCGAAGGAGAUUAUGAGUUAUCCCGGAUAUCCUUAUCCGAAACAAAUUCAAUCUUAUUUACCCCAACCUAAAGUUACUGAAUAUAUUAAGGGGUUUGUGCAACAAUUUAACAUUUUACCAAGUGUUAAGUUUUAUAAACGUGUUGUUUUGGUGGAACCCAUUGAAAAUAACCGUUGGAAGCUCACUGUUGAAGACAUAAAAAGUAAAGUACAAGAAAUCUUGGAAUUUGAUGCAGUUAUGGUGUGUGUUGGAAGUAAUUUCAAAAUUUUUAUGCCGGAUAUUGUCGGAAUUGAUACUUUCACCGGGAAUAUUAUUCAUAGCAAUAUUUAUCGCACUCCCGAUGAAUAUAAAGGGCAAAACGUUUUAGUAAUCGGAGCUGGAUCUUCUGGAACUGAUAUAGCAGCAAAAAUUGCUGCUGUUGCUAAUAAAGUUGUUCUUAGCCACAAAUUUAAUAUGCCUAUUAAAACAUCAUCCCAAGUAAUCCAAAAGAAUGUGGUUAAAAGAUUCGUGGGAAAAAACGCUGUUUUCAUUGACGAUUCUGUUGAGGAGUUCGAUGCUAUCGUUUGUGCAACAGGAUACCAAUUAAUUUUUCCCUUCUUAUCCGAAAAAUGCGACAUUGUUGUUAAAAAUCGUUGGAUUCAAUAUCUCUAUAAGCACAUCAUCAACAUAUCUCAUCCAACCAUGGGUUUCAUUGGUUUUACAUCUUUAGUAACUCAUUUCCCAGUUUAUGAUUUACAGGCGAGAUUCUACAUUUCAUAUUUGUUAAACAAUUUUACUAUUCCAUCAAAAGAUGAAAUGAAGCAAGACAUUCUUAAUGAAAUGGACCGUAAGGUGAAAUCAGGCGGGAGACCAAGCGAAAUUCAUAAAUUAGGAGGAGGUCAGGAAGCGUACUGCGAAGAUAUCGCGACAAUGGCAAAGGUUGAACCUCUACCAAAGGCCAUACACAAGUUGUUCGCUAGAGUUAGAGCCGACAGAAACAUUGCUGAUUGUUUCGAAUUUGUCGAUAAUGAAAAUUUUAUACAACUAAAUUGUUAAAAAAUUUCUUUUUUAAAUAAAUAAAUUGCAUGUUAAA